UUCAUUCAAUUUACACCCAAAACUGAAGACUAGAAAGGAGGGGACAAUGAGCUCCUCGUCUUCCUCGCUGUGGUUUCUCGGCCGUCCCUUGUUGGCGGCGGCUUGUCUUUGUUCUCUUACCAUUUUAUUGCUGCCGGGACCGGUUCUGUCGGCGUGUAAGAACCCGCCGGUCAUUUUCAAUUUUGGGGAUUCCAACUCCGACACCGGAGGACUCGUCGCCGGACUCGGUAUCCCCGUCGUUCUUCCCAAUGGACGGACUUUCUUCGGGAAAUCAACUGGCCGCCUCUCCGACGGCCGCCUCGUUAUCGACUUUCUCUGCCAAAGUGUGAACACAAGUUUUCUACGCCCAUACCUUGACUCUAUGGGGUCUACUUUUGUUAAUGGAGCAAAUUUUGCCGUUGCGGGGUCCACUACAUUGCCUAGAUAUUUACCAUUUGCAUUGAAUAUUCAAAUCUUACAGUUCCUUCAUUUCAAGGCUCGGUCCACUGAACUUGUUGCUGCUGGAAAUGGGCAUCUGAUUGGCAAUGAAGGAUUCCGCAGUGCUAUUUAUAUGAUAGACAUUGGACAGAAUGACCUCGCAGAUUCAUUUGCCAAGAAUAUGUCUUAUAUGCAAGUUGUAAAGAAAAUCCCUUCCAUUAUUGAGGAGAUCAAGAUGGCAAUUGAGACCAUAUACUCUGAAGGUGGCAGGAAAUUUUGGGUGCACAACACUGGUCCAUUGGGAUGUCUUCCUCAAAAACUUUCCCUAAUUGAGAGAGGCACGGGCAAUAAUGUUGAUCAGCACGGCUGCAUUUCGAGUUAUAACUCUGCAGCACGACUAUUCAACGAGGGACUGAACCAAUUAUGUGAGAAGUUAAGAUCUGAGAUGAAGGAUGCUACCAUCGUCUAUGUUGAUAUAUAUGCCAUCAAGUAUGAUCUCAUAGCCAACUCUAACAAAUAUGGUUUUUCGAGUCCAUUAAUGGCAUGCUGUGGCAAUGGAGGGCCUCCAUACAAUUACAACAUAAAGGCAGCUUGUGGGCACCCAGGGUCUGGAGCUUGUGAUGAAGGAUCAAGGUUCAUAAGUUGGGAUGGAGUUCAUUAUACCGAAGCAGCUAACAACAUUAUAUCCUCAAACAUACUUUCGACACAAUACUCUACUCCCAGGAUUAGCUUCGACUUCUUUUGUCACUGAUGCUCCCAUGUAAACUGCUUGUUGGAUUCUCAUCACAAAAUAAAUGUCAUAUUUUAUUAUAAAUUGCAAAA